AUGCCGGACAAGCCAAAGAAAGGAAACAUCGACUACAUCCGCCGAGGACGUGAGUUUGGCCGAUACAUGAAGGCUCAUGUAUCUCAAGACAACACUCGUGGUUUCACAAAAUCAGACGUCAAGUGGAUUAGGAAGUACUACCCUGAGACGGGGACGGAAGAAGGAGAGGAAGACUAUCCUUCAAAAUGGAUAGACAACUCCCGUUCUUUGACUAGCAUGCGGUCAGCUUGGCGAAAGGCCAUGGAGAGCUUGGCUGAACCCGGGACCAUGAUCGAUGAGCAAAUGGCAACUCAUUCUCUUGAGGAAGAUGCUCUUCGUGAAGCUGCUGGUUGCAUCAAUAACCCCCAUGAUUCUGAAGACUUUAGGCAAACUCCAAUUCCAGCUCAACCCCCUCAGACCUUCAACUCCCGAAGAGAGCAUGGAUUACCACCUGAGUCGACCGGCACGACCGAGAUACCACAUCCGCAGACAAGCAGCUCUCUUGCAGCUGCCUAUAACAAGGUACCAGGGGUGCUUUCCGCGGUUUGGACUGUCCAGAGACCUCACGAGACUCCCAAAUCCUUCCCCGAAGUGCAUGUCAUGGCACCCAAGCCUUUGCGAACAGAGAUUUGGAUUCGUUCCAUGGUUAGCCAAGGGACCAUAGAGAAUGGGGGAGGUGUAGUCCAAGAUGACCAAUACGGAUUCGGAAAUGGACCUGGUCGACUAGAAACUACGCUUUUGGAUUAUCAGCGUUCGUCAGAGAUUUGUGUUCCACCUCACAUCAACGUGGAUCCGAUACCUCCACGUCACCAGCCAUUGACUUUGAGCCAAACUCAACAUGAUACGUCAGGUUUUGAGUCAGAUGAUGAGCGUAUUAGCAGAAACAUCCACCACAAUCGAGAAACCCAUUACCUCCUGAAUCAACACCAGGAUAUCCAUCACUCACAGCAGCCUGCGAGUUCCAAUCGAGCGCAAAGACCAUACGAUGGUGCAAACGCCAUCAUUGACGAGUAUGAGUCAUCCCCUGCCUACAAACAUGACGCCUCUCUGUACCAUGCCACAGAUCUGGCAGAGGGGAGUUCGCAGCGACAAAUGGGAAAUAAGCCUGGGUAUAGCAUGCAGCAAUUAGACCCCCCAAAGACAUCCAACCAACACCUCUUCACUCGUCCCCCGCGUACCAAGGCCACGCUCGAUACAAUUCCCAUACAUGUGAAGGCUCCUAGAAGAGACGAGCCAGCCUCUGCCAUCAAAAGUGGUCGAUUCAAUGCACCGACAUUACAGCCGACCAGUCCGCUUCAACCUCUUCAAUGUCCCCAAGCUCGUCACCAAGAAUCCGAAAUAACCGCUUUGUCUAUGAAUCAGAACCUGAACGAGGAGCGCACCUCUGAGGAGGCAGUUCCGAGCUCUCUAUGUACUCCAUCUUUACCGACAGAUCUUCCACUGGUACAGUGGUACGUUGAACAUCGCCGAGCAAAGCAUCACAUCACAUUCCCAAGUACAGCAACACAGGAGCUUGUGGAUGUGACACUCAGCUUAAGACCUCAGUUCGUGAGGAUGGGGACGUCUACGACGCCUAAAAGACAAGAUAAAGACGAGUGCGCCAAGAAGGAAGUCUCUGGUCCCGAUUUCAGUGACGGCACGGACAACAAUUCGCAGCAACGUCAGUCAAAGUCCACGUCACUGCAAAGGCGGAAGAGCCAGGGCCGGGAAAUAUGUCGCCCUCGUUAUGAACCUUCAUCAGAAUCAUCCUCUAGCAGCGACGAAGCGCCACGCAAAUCUCACCAUCGACAUGCCGACGGUCGAAAGCCCACCAAGAACAACAACCACGACGACGACUACGACGAGCAUGAGAAGAAAGAGAAAAGGCGGGGGCGACAUUCCCGUCGAUCGAAGCAUUAUCAAGAUGAAGAGACUGAGUUGGAAGAGUUGGAGAAGGAGUUUACUAGACCCAAGAGUUCGCGUCAUGAGCGACAUCGAGGACGAAAGAGGGGUCAAGAGGAUAAGGGCAAAGGCGUUGCUUAUGAUAAACAGAAGCACAGCAGCCAGACCAAGAAUUGA